GAUCCGGCAUUGAUACGAACAUUGAAGAUUCCUAGCAAUGCUGUGGACUCGGCGCUCCAGCGCUGCCCUGACUGGUUCUCCAUCGUGAGAGUUGUCUUAGAAUGCCGGCUGGAGCCCGACGAGCCAGCCUGCGUGGACUGCAUCGAAACCCAGGAUGAGUGCGGGCGGACUGUUGGAAGACACGAAGCCUACACGUGUUGGGCCUAG